UAUAUAUGUGUGAUAAAAACAGAAAAUUAGAAAAGAGGAGGGGAUAAAGCGAAGGGAGGAGAAGGAGAAAAGAACCGAUGCGUUGUAGCGUUGAAUUUACAUGUGUGUGUGUGUGUGUCACGGUAACGUUACGGUUUGUAACGUUUGUUAAACAACAGUUCUGAAUUUUCAUACUAUUGUGAAUGGAUACCAGAGCGAAGAAAAAACUUCGUCGGCGUGCAUCUCAUGUCGAGACCGAGGAUGAAGUUAAGAAGCAAACCUGCGCGAUUAUCGCGCAAUCUAAGAAAAUCCACCUAACCUAUGAUGUUUUGAGACUUAUCUUUCAGUUCUUAAGCUAUAGGGAUUUGACAAAUAUUUUGCCGGUUUCUAGGUCCUGGUCAGAAGCAGCUAAUAAAGAAAUGCAAACAAGAUACGAACCUGUUACUUUUAUAGAACAUUCUAAUAAAAUUGGAAAGGAUCUAACAAAUAUUUUAGAAAAAGUCUUGGAACUAAGGAUCAAACCAUAUAUUUCACUCUAUUUUAUAUCUAGUAAAAGAAACUAUCUUCGUAUGAAAAGGUCAUUUAUAGGAGAUACUUUUCAAGAAGCUUACAAGGAUUCACAGUUCGUAAUGAUGAGCAAUGCAGGAAUUAUUAUAGAGAAUUCAGAAAUAGAAGGCAUCACCGAAGACAUAGUGUGUGCAUUUUUACCGAAGAUUCCGAAUGCAGACAUGAGGACGUUUCAAUUGGAAUGGUUUCCAGACGGACAGAACGAGUCAGAUAUUACGUUUAGAAAAUGGGAGGAAGAAUUUGUGGGGGCUCUAGAAGCAUUGCCACUACCAGAUGCAGAAAGGUCUACAUGUUUAAUAUUAUUAUGCAACAGUGUUCAACAUGUGGUACAUGAUUAUUUAUGUCCUUUUGUGAGAAAAUUGAACAGAUAUUCAAAUAAAAUAUCUUCGUUGUGGGGUGGUUUUGUGAGAGGUUGUUGCACGUAUGACAGGACUCAUGUACUUCUUGAAUCUUUGCAUUGUUUCGGUAUCUUAAUUACCGGCCACAUAAAGACAUGGUCCACGAUUCUAGACGAUAAAUGUGACACAAUAGAAAACGUUGAGAAACACUUGAGAAUAUGGAAGGAAAAUGUACAAUUAAGGAGACAUAGCAUCGGGUAUAUGUUUGCGUGUCACGCGCGCGGCACAUCGAUUUAUGACAGAUCAGACGUGGAAUCGUCGAUAUUCAAAAAAUUAUUUCCCAAAUUACAACUAGUGGGUUGCUUCGGCGACGGCGAACUUGGCAAGGUGACACCGCCGAAAGCACAAUACAAUAUACCUCACCCAAGUGAUUGCACUUGUUGCAAUAUUCGUAACAUCCAGUAUUCUACUAUAUUUAUGAUACUUUCAUAUGAUUGAUGAUUUAGGAGUCGUGUGUGGCCACCUGCAAUAUUUCUUUUUUUCAGGACAUUUACUUGGGUUCCAUAACUGUUAUAUAUACGAUAUAUACCAAUAUAUCAUAGCUUCUUCUUUCUAUGACGUACGCCAAUAGUGGCGUGAUUAAUCACGGAAUAAUAAUACACAUGCAGCAAACAUUAUAACCAAUGUGAUGAUGAAGAUUGCGCGCGGAAUCUCAGGUACACUGUACAUGAUUUCUGUGUAUGUACACUCUGCGUAUGGAUAUUGCAGCGAUGCUACGGAGGAGUAAGAAGAUAAACGGGAGAAUAUAAUGUCAUAAGAUAAUACACGAUAUAAUAUAUUAUAUAUUCAUACCGUA